AUGAGCAAAAACCCCGCCGAUCCCCUCAACCCGCGUACUCAGGACCCGGAGGACGUCGACAAGGCGGCGCUCAUAAGACAGCUCGUCGCCCGUCAUGGGCCAGGCUACCUCGAGCUUCUGAUAGAGCACGCAAAGGCCGGGAAGCUGGGCGGGUCGAGCUCCGGAGAAGGCCAUAGGACGGACGAUGUACGGGAGAUGGAAAUAGACGCUGAUCCCUCGCCGCCUCCCCCCAAUCAGCAGGCACGCCGCGGGCGAUCCUCAGCAUCCGUGGAUCAACGCGUCGCCCAGUCCGCCAGGACCGCAACGACUUCGAGAGCGCAGGACGGCCAGCAGCCCCGCUCCAUAUCUACCACGGCGGCUGCGACGCGAAAGUCUUCAAGGCAGACGUCUAAGGCUCGCCCGGCGGGACAGGCCGACAGGAAUCCGUCUGAGAGAGACGGGCCUCGUCCGCCCGCGGCACCUUCCGCCCAAGGCCCCACACCGGCGGAUCCCAGAGACCGACAGCGUUCCACCCCCGUAGCGCCAGUUCCCGCCUCUCCAAUCGCACCCAUCGAUGCGCAGGAUCAUUCCGCCGAUACCGCAUCGCCGACGGCCGUGGCAACAUCUCACCAGCUCGCAGCGCUCGCGUCGACGCUCACGCGCAGCGUCAACGAUGUUUCAGCUCGGCUCAGCGCCAUCGAGACGAUCCCUGCGCAGCUAUCUGCUCAAAAGCAGUUCGCAGACGCGGUACUCAAGGCCCACGCGGAGCAGGCUGCGGAUCACGCGAAUGUCACCGACACCGUCGACCACAUCACCCGGGAUAUCACGAAGCUAUCGGUAAUGCAGCAAGUGCUGUUCCACAUGUGCCACGAACAAGCCGAGAAGUUGCAGACGCUCGCCGCAGAGGUCGCCAAGUUAAACGACAACUUGGCGCAGAUUCGACAGAGCGCUGACCGGCUCCGUUGA